UCAGUUGUCCAUGUAGUACUUCCUCCCCAUCUGGUCCUUGGCGUAGGCCCUUUUGUUGGCCACCUUUCGCAGCGCGCACACCCUCCCCGCAUCGCGGCGGCGGGCGAGGUAUGCCGCGCCCUUGCUGCCCUCUCCCAGCGGGCCGUCGUUGGUGAAGAAUGGCUUUGGGAAGCAUGGUCCGCUGCCGAGAGGGCUAUCCCGCUGCACAUAGUGCACGGGGAUCGGGGAGGGGUGCUGCAGUGUUGGCGGUGCGGUGCUGUUGCCAGAUGGGCCAAAUACGGCAUGGCGCAGCUUCUCGAGCAGUGGGAUCAUCGCGUCACUGCUGCAGGUAGAAGAUUGUCGACUUGCUGAGGCAAAAAGGAAGAAGCGGAGGAAAGGUGGAACUGCUGUGACGACCACACGGAUUGAAGCCACGUACCGUCUGUUGAGAACAAUGUCGAGGAACGGAGACGGGUAUCAAAGAAGAGAUCAUCAUCUCAUCUGAACACAAGACAUGAAGGGAGACCGGUCGCACGCACCUG